AUGCCUGUAAAGAUGGAUCUGCUCACAGACUCUUGCCCCCAAAUGGGGAGUUGGAUGCAGGAGUCUGUGACCAGCCGAAAUGACACCAAAGCGCACUGCCUUGACGUCAUUUUGAUGUCUCUUUUGGCGCGCGCCACCAUGUGCAAGGGUGGCAACGACUUCUACGCUACCCUUCCCUUUCACAACGAGCUCCCUUUUGACUACUGGAUCCGGCUUAACAAAGCCAUUGAUACGGCAGAGGGAGCUUUGAAGAGGCAGGGUAAAAUCCUCGACAACCCAGCUCGAGAGGUAACGGUGAUGUUCAUUCGCCAUUGUCCUGACCCUUGGCUCGCCCUGGUGUUCAAGUGUAAGCCAUUAGAAGAGUGGACUACAGGUGAAGUACAGAGCUUCAGCAUGUACAGCGACCCCUCAGCCCAGCUCACGGUCUGCUCAGCUGAGCAGCAGCAUUCCUGGUCAGCAGUGAAUCUAGAUGGCCCACAUGAGGAGGGGACAAGUGGAGGGCCGGAGAAAAUGUCCCCAGAGUUUCCGACUCUUAUUGUUGAUGGACAAGGUGAUGACCUUAAAUUAGGUAGUAAUGUCAUCAAGCAUCUAAUUCAUGUAAAAAAAGCGUCGGGAGACUACUCGGAAAAGAUGCUGACCACAGACCAGAAACAUACAGAUGAGGAAAACCUACUGCAGCUAUUGUCAUGUGUAGAGAAGUGGAAAGGAGGAGCCAUGCCUGAGAAGAUGGGACCUGUCAAGGUCAAACAUGCUGUCAUGCUGGAGCCCAUGCAUGAGCAUUUGGUGUGGGGUGUGGAGAUCCUGGACCCUGGUGAGGUGGUCUAUACAGAAACCAGGACUAAUGGAGUAGUGGGGCGUGGUGUCAUAUUGGAGUGUGGCCCGACCCUUCCAGACGUCUAUAUCUGGGGUUUCACCCGCCCACGCACAGACACCAUCCGAGCCAUUGUCUAUAACUUUGGCAAAGGACCCAAGCUACAGAAACUGGCUCAGGAACUGGGUGAACUGAGUGUCAUUACCAACAGCGCGUCUCUGUCCAUCGAGAAGCUUCCCCUGGUGGCUGAGGGGGUCUACACCUGCCAGGCUCUGUAUGACACUGCUGAAGGAGCCAAGCUUUACUACUACUAUGUUUAUCUAUCUGUUUUAGUGCCAGUGUCCAAGCCCUACAUCUUGAUGAGUGACUCCUCUCCAGUAGAGGGCUCCACCCUAUGGAUGCGUUGUGGCUUGGAAAAUGGCACCGGCCCCAUUAAGUACAUUUGGGAGCAGGAGAGCAGAAGCGGCAUGCUAACCAUGCUGGCAGAGGGUAACAGCAGCCUGGUCAACGUAACUGAUAUCAGCCGCAACCACACAGGCUGGUACCGCUGUCUCGCCAGUAAUCAGGUUAAUCAGCAACGCAGUGACCGCAUCUGGCUGGACAUAAUCUAUGGUCCAGACCUGCCUCAGAUUGAUGUGACGCCCUACUCUGUGACUGAGCGGGGCUACUCAGCCCUAGAGAGAGAGACCGUUUCACUCCUCUGUCAGGCCUCCUCUAAUCCUCCCAGCCAGUACGUCUGGUUCUACAACAACUCCCAGGUGUACAGUGGGCCUCAGUAUACCAUCACAAGAAUUCUGCGUAUGCAUACUGGUCACUAUGCGUGUCUGGCCCUGAACACAUACCUCAACACCCGCUCCAAGAAAACCAUCACCCUCACCGUCUACUAUCCUCCUGAUGGCAAUCCCUCCUGUACCAUCCUUCCGGCCAACAACCACACCGACCUGGCCCUAUGGUGUCAUUGGGCUGGGGGCUACCCUCCAGCCUCUCUACACUGGAAUCCAUUUGUAUUUGGGGAAGAGGUAGAGAGUGGCUCCAACAUCACCCAGAUCCAGCCUGGCCCAGAAACAGCAAACAACUCUGUGUUCGUCUGCCAGGGCUCCCAUGUGGCACUCAACAUCACCAGACAGUGCAGCACACGCACCUGGCUGCCUGUCGGUGAACCCCAGUGCUCUGCCUAUGCCACACGGAAUAAUGAGUACCUGAUGCUGUCCUGCUCUUGGGAGGGGGGUUUUCCUCGAGCCCUGCUGUGGUGGGCAUCUAGUUCUGGAGCAUCACAAGGCACAUCUGAGGAGAAUGCCAACAUCCUGGUCCUCCGCUCCAGUUACACCUACAGUGGGAAAGCUUUCGUGUGCCAUGCCAAGCAUCCCCUGGCAGGAGAGAGCAAGCAGUGUGUGCUCCGAUUAGAGGCUCCAGUGCUGGUGGCACACCGUAGCCUGGUGACUGUCUAUGAGGGCAGCGAUGUCCAGCUCACCUGCGUAAUGAGCGCCAACUACCCUGUAACGGAGAUCACCUGGUACAACAACCUGAAGCAGCAUGUAGACAACACACCCAAGAAGUACGUCCUGCAACGGGCGGCCAGCUGGUCCAAUCUAACAGUGAGAGAGACGGAUUGUGCCAGGGACAGUGGGCAGUACUGGUGCUCAGCCACAAACGCAGUGGGCGGUGCUGAGAUUCCCAUCACACUGCUGGUGAAGAGGUAUCCCAUGCCACCCAAUGUGACAAUCAACAAGAUCGUCUACAGCAGCCAUGUGCGCACAGACGUGGAUAUGGAGUGGUCCAUCAGGACUGAACUGGACCUCACCAGCUUCUUCAUUGAACGGCAGCUGCUCCCUGAACCUGUGGGGAAAAGGGCCAGCAACGUCUCCCUCUGGUACAAAGUCAUAGUGGACCUGGAGUCUGAUGUGCGCAGUUGUAAGAUCAGUGGUCUGGAUCCCACCCGAAACUACGCAUUUCGCAUUACAGCUGUCAAUCAUCGCACCAUUGGACACCCCUCAGAGGUGAAGAGCCCAGCGGAUCCGCCCUUCAAUGCUUACCCUGCUGUGAUUGGAUCUGCCAUUGGAGGCAUGAUUUUGGCUACUGUGGCAACUGUCCUGUUCUUCCUGUAUGUGGUGAGGAACAGACGCAGCAACCCACGACUUCAUGACUUGAUAUUUGGCUUGCAGCACAGUCAGUCCAGAGAGAACAUUAAUUUUCCUGAGGAUGAGGUUGUUGGAGGACUAGAGGACGAGGCAGGAGGAAGAGCGCCCAGUCGGUCGCCGAGUCCAGGACCGUCCAUGACAUUGCCAAGACCCACAGCGGCUCCCAAAGGCUCGCCCAUAGGAGAAGACAACGAACCUGUCAACGUCACCAUCACUGUCAUGGCAACAAGCUGA